AUGCCAAAACGUAAGUUGAAACAUAACACCGAGAAUGAAAACCUUUUUAUGACUUAUUUCAGACUCGAAUUCUUUAAUAGUAAACUUCGGACAACAAGGAUUUAUAAAUGAGAAAACAGUUCGGAAGGAGUUCAAAAAAAUUGGAUGCCGUGUUAAAACUGUCACAAUCUGCACUUUAGAUAAAUGCCAAGGUUUUGUAACUUUUCAAGAUCAUCAAGAAAGUUUGAUUGAUUGGAUAUUUGUUAAAACAUCUGGAUUAAUAAUUGUUUCGAAUAAAAUAUGGUCACUUCAUCGUUUGGGAACAAUUGUGCCUUGUAAAAUGAUCGAUUCUCAAUCAAGUUCAAGUUAGUUUAUAAGGAAAAGGUUGUGGACUCAGAAAUCCAAUAACUAACUUUUUGAAUAUUGUAACUUUUUCAAAAUUUCGCCACGUUAUAACUUAAUUUGCGCCAGGGAUCUUGAAUUCAUCAUCUCCGAAGAUGAAAACAAUUUAAUUUUCCGAGUCCGCAAUUCUUCUUCUUCAAAUUCAAUUUCCAAAAAUUCAAAUAUUUUUCCAGAUUCGAUUGAUAACAGUUCAACAACAACAUUAGUGCCAUCUUCAUGUUCAUCUGGUUUUCUUCCACUUCCACCUCCUUAUCAUAUUCUACCAGACACCCCAUAUUUUCGAAAAGCAAUUAUUAUUCCACCAAAAAGAAAUAUUCAUUCAGAAGAGCAUGUUCCAAUUCUUCAACGGGUUAUUAAUAGUUAUCUGUAUAGUAUGGAGGUGAAUGACAUGCAGUUUUAUCAAAUAUCUCCACUUUCCCCUGAACUCACAUUUUUUGCCAACAAUUCUUAUUCAUUCCAACCGGAUCCAUAUUCAUUUUUCGAUUUUUGCUCCCAACUAACAUAUUUUUGUUGA